GUAUUAUCCAAUGAGAUGGCGGUAUGAUAAUUGCAGGCCAGAGCGACAGGUGUGCGAGGAAUCAGGGAAGCGCGAGGAAGUUUUUUUUAGACGCUAGUUUUAAGAGUUUGACAGCGAGGAUUGCGAUAAGAGGAAACAACUGAGACACAAUACCGAUUAUAUCUUCUGUAGUAACCUGUUUUUAAAUGAGAUAUUGACACAGUGGUAUCUCGAGUUGAUGGUAGGUCAUAUUGGGUCUGUUUUUUCCGCUCACGAGCCAGGUGUUCAUUUCAAACCAGCGCGCAGUGACAGAAAUGAAAUGCUCGUUAGCUCGCGCACACCGUGGAACAAAAUGUCAGCGUUAAAGCGAGAAAACAAACGUGUAAUAGGUGAAUAAGGUUGUUUUUUUAAAGUGAUUAGGUUGCUGUUGGAGGUUUAUGAGGUAGUUGAGGUGAUGGAGACAGACUCGGUGAGGUUGGAGUCGAGUGUGUGGAUCGGAAAUAAGCGGCAGCGCGCGCUGCUCAGUGGAUGGCGCUUCAGCUGGACCGAGCUGGACAAGAAGAACCGAGACAAAGACACUAUUUCAGUGCCCAUCUCUGAGGUGGUUGCAGUAAUGGAGGGUCAGGUGGAGAUCCAGCCACAGAAGAAAGUGGAGGACACUGACCGAGACUUCACAUUGUUCUAUAUAAAGCGGAGUAAAACCAGUGGUGGGAAGGGGCCACUGUGGAGCCUGGGCAGGUCCCAGUUCUGUUGCCCCAGCCGUGACCUCAGGGAUCAGUGGGUGACCCAACUCAGAAUUGCACUUACAACACACUGUCCCUCUCGCCCUCACAGGUUGUUAGUGUUCAUUAACCCCUAUGGAGGGAAGAAAAAAGGGAAGCAAAUCUAUCACUCCUCAGUGGCUCCUCUAUUUGAGCUGGCUGGCAUCAGCUCUCAUGUUGUGGUGACUGAGCGAGCCAAUCAGGCGAGAGACCAUAUCCUGAAGAAAGAUCUGACUGGGUUUGACGGUGUGAUUGGUGUGGGCGGAGAUGGAAUGUUCAGUGAGCUGUUGCAUGGCGUGAUUGGACGAACCCAGCAGGAGGCAGGUGUUUCAGAACAUGACCCGUCUGUGAUGCUGCAGCCAUGUGACCUCCACAUCGGCAUCAUUCCAGCAGGCUCCACAGAUUGUGUUUGUUUUGCUACAGUAGGUGUGAAUGACCCGGUUACAUCAGCACUGCACAUCAUUAUCGGAGACUCUCAGCCUCUGGAUGUGUGUUCUGUCCAUCAUCAUUCCACACUGGUGCGUUAUUCUGUGUCACUGGUGGGCUACGGUUUCUAUGGUGACGUGUUGGCUGAAAGUGAGAGGCACCGCUGGAUGGGACCUCUCAGAUAUGACUACUCGGGUUGUUUAGUGUACCUGUGCAACAGGAGCUAUCAGGGAAUAGUGCAGUAUCUACCUGCAGACUCCCAGAUCACCAGCCCCAGAGACAACAGUCGCUGCCUCUCAGGGUGCAGAGUAUGCUCGGAGAGCACCGAGAGACUGUUCCCUCACUCAGACAGCUGCAGUUCUCUGUACAGCAGGCAACUCAGCCAGUACAGCAUUGAGUCAGAGGGUGAGUGGUUAAGUGUUGAGGGCAAAUUUAGGUGCGUGUCCCUCACCUGCAUGUCCAGCUCGUGCCCACGGAGCCCCAAAGGCCUCUCACCCUCAGCACACCUGGCUGAUGGGACAGGAGACCUCAUCCUGGUGAGGAACACUAAUCCCCUGGGUUUCCUCACGUACCUGCACAGACACACCACCACGCAGGAUCAGUUUGACCUGCCCUUCGUCGAGGUGCACCGCGUCAAAGCAGCACGCUUUUCUUUUACUCCCAGUGAGGAGGAGGACGAUGAAGACAAGCCAAAAGAAAGGCAAAACAUCACGGCAGGUAUACUGGGGGAUCCUGAGAUGCUGUGUGAAGGCGACGUUGAGUCCGGCAGGCUCGGCUCCCGGCAAUGCCUUGCAGGAAAGCAGAGCGAACAAGGGAUGAAGGAGAAAGGAAAGAAGACAGAUUAUCUUUGUGGACUGUGCUCCAGUAAGCGGUCUGCUGUGUCUGUGUGGAACUGUGAUGGAGAGAUUCUGCCGUAUACUGAAAUCUUAUGCAGAAUACACGGUCAGCUGGUGCGUUUGUUUGCAAGGGGCAUUGAAGAGGACACAAGCUCCCAGAAAUACCGUGAGGGAAGCAGGAAUUGCAAAGGGAGAUGUUUUUUACACAAUUAAUAUUAACCAUAAAAAUUCUAUAAAUAAGAAAUAAUGAAUUUCAUAUUUAAGUUAUAAAGUACAGUAGAAUAUUGCAAUAAACAUAAGCACAUGGUUCA